UAUGAAUGUCCUGGAUGCAUAGAUAAUUAUCACAUAUUUUGCUCAUAAUGGAAACUGCAUUAAUAUUCAUUUAAUUAGAAAUUUAUUACAAAUUUUGAGGGAUGGACUUUGUUUCAUAAUUUAGAAUUACUAGUUCUUUUAAUUGUGGAAACUGUGAAUAUUUGAGUUUUUUAGAAAUAAUGAUUUGUUCUAUAAAUAGAAAUAUUAAUUAAAAUUCAUCAUGAUCUUAUAUUAUUAAUCUAUAUUAAAAGUACAACAAGUUUACGUAAUUUAAGAGAUUUUGAAGUAUUUUACACUUAACCAGAAAUAAUAUAUAAAGAUUUAAAUGAAAGUUUCUUAGAGUAAAUUAAUUAUAGAUGUCUGAAUUGCCAAGAAGGUUGGAUUUAAGAUGAAGUUCUAUAAAAUUGUCAUCCAAUUUGUGGUGAUGGAAUCAUUUAAGGUUAAGAGGAAUGCGAUGAUAGUAAUCUAAUUUCGAGGGACUCUUGUUAUUUAUGCUAGUAUUCAUGCAUAGAUUAUUGUUAAAUUUGUUAAUUUGGAAUUUGCUUACUAUGUCAAGAUAGAUUUGAAUUGUCUGUUUUUAGGUCAUAUUUUAUGACUAGAUGUGAUGAAGAAUCAUUUAAUCAUUUGAAACAUGCAAUGAUUGUGGUUUAAGAUGUUAAAUUUGCAGAUAUUCAAAGCGUUAAUUCUGUGAAAUUGGAUGGGAACUUAUAGAUAAUAUAUAUUAAUCUUUUUGUGGAGAUGGAUUAAUUGCUUUGAAUUCAAUU